CCCAAAUCUAUUGCACUGUCAAGUAUUCUAUCGAUGAGCAUACGGAUUUACGACCUCAAAUUCACGAUAGACGCCCAAACAAGGAUGUGUGUACAGCCUAGUAUCUAACAAAAGGCCCGUCACCAAUCCCAAGGCAAGUACCCUGUUCCAUCAGCUUUCUGACAACACAAGUAAAUGUCGAAAACUACAUUUCCUGCAUUGGAGCAACGUGUCUGCCAAGAGCAUACCUACUCAAGGCGCGUGGAAGAGCAACCAUGAUACAUGAGUGAAGGGCGGCUUAGUAACUAGUCUGCGGGCGCGCCUCGACAUAUGAUGCUUCGACCAUGGUGUGAUAUGCUCGAUACUUUCCAAGACGAUUCUCUUUUCGCAGCACAUCCAAUAUAAAUCGAAUCGGCUCGCGUGCAUUCCCUUCUUCUUGUAUGGUUGUAUUAUAGCCUUGUAAUUCUUAUUGAAGCCAGCAUUCGUCCACAAUGCUUCCUCGACCUUCAUUCCGUGUAGCCAGAGCUCUCGAGCUUCCCACCUGCUAUGCGCCCCGCCCAUCGUUACGCGCAAAUUGUCUAAAGAGCAGGCAGACACAGACUCAAAGGAGACGCAUGGGUGAAUUCCCUCGCAAUUACAAGAUCAAGCCAGACCCGUUGGAAGAAUGGCGAAAUCCUCCGCCGAGCAAGUGGCCGAACAGGAUUCGGCUGCUCAUGCUGCCCUUCGUGGGCGCUAUCAUAUACUCUAUGUGGACAGAGUCGGACUCGCUGAAGACCGAGACGCCCUCAAUCGCCCAAAAAGAUGCCCUCCUCAAGCGCGAAAACGGCGUGUCCGAGCAAUCGCCCAUGCGCCUACGAAUGGAACAAUUCAUAAAGCAGCACCAGAAGCAGAUCGUCUCUGAGUUGGAGAAGGUCGAUGGCACAAAGUUCACAAUCGACUCAUGGCAGCGGCCAGAAGGCGGUGGUGGCAUUACCUGCGUGCUGCAGGAUGGAAAGGUCUUCGAGAAGGCCGGCGUGAACACCUCAGUAGUCUACGGCCGCCUCCCUCGCGCUGCGAUCCAGAAGAUGCGCGUGAACCACAAAGCACUCGAUCCUGACGUCGACUCCCUCGAGUUCUUCGCUGCAGGCCUGUCCAUGGUCUUGCACCCGCACAACCCCAACGCUCCGACCGUCCACCUGAACUACCGCUACUUCGAGACCGCCGACGAGUUUGGCAACACCAACGCCUGGUGGUACGGCGGCGGCUGCGAUCUUACACCCUCGUACCUCUACGACGAAGACGCGAUACACUUCCACAGCGAGAUCAAGCAGGCGUGCGACAAGCACGACAAGGCAUACUACCCACGCUUCAAGAAGUGGUGCGACGAGUACUUCAACAACAAGCACCGUGGCGAGACACGCGGUGUAGGCGGUAUUUUCUUCGACGAUCUCGAUGAGACAGAGAAGGAUCAGGAGCAGCUGUUCAGCUUCGUUCAGGACUGCUUGUCUGCUUUCUUGCCGUCGUACCUGCCCAUCAUCAACAGGAGGAAGGACAUGCCGUUUACAGAAGCUCAGAAGCACUGGCAGCAGAUCAGGAGAGGGCGAUACGUCGAGUUCAACUUGGUCCACGACCGUGGCACAGCGUUUGGCUUGAACACACCGGGUGCGAGGGUGGAGAGUAUCUUGAUGAGUUUGCCACUCACAUCGAGGUGGGAGUACAUGCACGCACCUGAAAAGGGCAGCAGGGAAGAGCGCCUCAUAGACGUGCUCAAGAACCCCAAGGAGUGGGUGUAAGAUAGGCGAAGUGUAUAUACUGUAAGACAAUCUACGACACAACAACACCCAAAGCAAUUUGAGACGGGCCAGAGCGGCAGCCUCUCCAUUUGUAUCACUGCCGCCUCUUUGGUUAAUAGUUCAUGGAUGUUUGGUUGUUGUAGACGCCACAGAAGACGUGUCAAAGCUGGGGUUGGAUCUUGAAAUGAGGCUGUCAUCCAAGCUCCCCUCUUCCGCGCACAUGAACUGACGAUGGUGCAAUUUUGAGCGGGCUUACAUAGACGGAUGACAUCUUAUCUUCUGAAGCAUCGACUUCCGGG